UGUGCUCGCCGGCUUCUUAAAGCGUCGCUUUGCACGGACUGAGCGCUUCAUGUGACUCAGUUUCCGCUGCGCUGCUGCUUCCGCAAAUAGUCAGUCAGUCAGUCCUGAAGCUGCAGGAUGCAGGGCACCAUCCCUCUCUGCUGCAUGCAAGACGGCCAGCCUCGGGCAAGAGCCGGGAACAUGGUCCGCAGGUGCGCGCACGAUCAGGACCAUCAUGCCUGCAGAUGACCAUAUGAUGGGCAUCGUCUCAAACCUCCUGCCCUGCUUAGUGUGCUUCUCCCUGGGGCCAGCGUGGAACCUGCUGAUGCAAAGCUCCGGCCUUCCGCUGCACUCACCGUGCAAGCUGAUUGAAAAAACUGCCUUUUGUAGCCACUGCCAGCUUUCGUCGGUGCCUGGAGAUUUGCCAGAAAACAUCGAUGAGCUUCAACUGAAUCACAAUCCGAUCAAAGUGCUGCACAGCUCUGGCCUUUCUCGGUACCCCGCACUCCGCAGUUUGAGCUGUACAAAUGCUCUUCUGGACGCCGUGGAGAUGAAUUCCUUCUAUAUUCCACACAUGCUGGAGGAGUUGAAUCUAGCUGAUAAUAACCUGCAUGCUGGAUACCAGCAGACGGGCUGGGUGCUACACACCUUGGUCAAACUUAGGAGCCUGGACCUUUCUGGAAAUGGGCUGACUGAAGACAUGGUGGCCUUCCUGCUGGAGAACAUGACCUCCCUGGAAUACUUGUACCUUUCCAGAAAUGUCCUAUUGAGGUUAGAUGAAAGCACAUUUCAGGACCUUCACCAGCUGAAGGAGCUGGACCUGGACAGGAACAUGCUCUUUGAGAUUGAUGGGGCGUUUGAUGGCCUUCAGGACCUCCAGCGCCUCACCAUGGCCUUCAACCGCCUGCCCUGCUUAAUCCAGUUCCAACUCACUAAGCUGGUGCUACUGAAUGCAAGCCACAAUUCCAUCGAGUGGUUUGUGUCCAACCAGGAUCUGGAAGAUACCUUCGAAUUGGAGACUCUGGAUCUCUCCAGCAACAGCCUCCUCUUCUUUCCCUUCCUCCCCACAAGGAGCCGCAUUCGCCACCUGCUGCUCGCUGACAACCGCAUCAGCUUUUACGAGCACCUUGCUGAAAACACUUCUCCAAACUGGACCAACACGGUCCUAUUCUCUAACAUGGAUAGUAAUGCGAGCCAAGUGUCAGCCACACUGUGGGACGAGAGUCUCCAUGGGGAAAUCUCCGCACUGGAACUCCUUGAUCUGAGUCGCAAUCAGGUGAGUUACCUUCCUGAAGGAUUCCUUAGCAAGCUGAAAUCUUUAAAAAGACUAAAGUUGCAGAAGAACUGCCUGGAGUCCUUCGACCUGAGGACAGUGGAGCUCCCAGUGUCUCUGCAGGAGCUGGAUAUCAGUGACAACAGUUUAUAUCUAUUCAAAGGUAACCACAGCUCUUGGAAUAAGUUGAGGGAUCUUAUACAUGUCAAUCUGAGCUUUAAUGACCUUAAGCAAAUCCCUUCAAGGCUAUUUCAAUCGCUCCCCAGCCUCAAAACAGUAGAUCUGAGUUACAACCAUAUUGGUAUCUGUUCCUUAGAGGAGGACACUAAGGUUGCUGAUGAUUCUGACUGUGUGACAUGGAGAAACUUGGCUUCUCUCAGAGAGCUGUACCUUGCAGGGUGCAACCUGGGCUCACUGCCCUCCUCGGCCUUUGAGGGAACCCAGUUAACGCAUCUGGAACUGUCAGAAAACACAGACAUCCUCAUCAGGAAUGAUUCUUUGAUGAGUCUCAAUAGAACUCUGCAGUACUUGGGCUUGGGAAACACUGGCACAUCCCAUUUAGAUUUUACACCCUUCCGUCAUUUAAGGUCUUUAAAUAUGUCAGUGAAUUUCCUCUUCGAACUUUCAGAAUCCAUGAUGAGCCUUGAUUUGAGGUGGUUAAAUUUGAUGGGCAACGAGUUGACGACCAUCCCUCCUCAUCAAGCCAGAAUCCUAGCCCAGAGGCUACAGACGGUUUUUCUUGGAGGAAACCCCUUCAACUGUUGUAACCUGGAAUGGUACCAACUGUUUAAGGAUGUGAAGAGUUUGACCAUAGAGGACCAGGCUGAGAUGACAUGUCUGCUCUUAAAUCGGGGCAAGCAGAGUGUCGAGGCGAGACCCUGGGCAGUGUGUGAGGACAAGAGAGAGCCCAGCUGGUGGUAUGUUGUCCUCUUCCUGCCGGUUGUCCUGUCACUACUGGGGGUCACUGUGAUCUUCUUAAUGACAUUCAGACCCAAACUGCUACCAAGAGUCAUCAAGAAGACAUGGCAGAGACCAACAUCAUAUUGAAGUGGCUUCCAUCAUCUACUCAAUAUGGACUUGGAAACAAAUUCUGACCUAUUUUAAGAACAACAGUUGUGCAUGGCAGAGAUUCAUGAGUAAAACAUGGCCAGUGGGGUUUAAGUUAGCAGUACCAUCACUGUGGUGUUACCUUAUGGCCAGUCAUCUGUAUACACGAGUGAGAAAAAAAACCUCUGAUAAGGUUUCCAUUGAGUAUCUCAUUUGCCUGACAAAGUUCAAAGCCGCUUUAAUCCCUAGAUGGUUGAUAUGAGCCUGCGGCUUGAGGUGUGAGUGCGAGUGUGAGCAUGGGUAUGUAUACGCGCGUCGGGUGCAUCUGCAGAAGUCUUGUAAGACAAGCUGUUGCUAAAUGCAGGAAAGGAAAUGUGAAAUUUCCUGUUUUGCUGAGUUCUGCAAUUGCCCAGUUUUGUACCACAGAAAAGGGCUUGACUUUGACUACUGGUUGAGCAUGAUGCAGAACUGCAUUAUGACGACUUCUCAAUGCUCGAUUAAAGAUCCAGUGAAACGCUU